UUCUCGCGAGAGAGGACGUGUCUUGGGAGAGAUUUCUGUCCCUCCGAAAGUAUAUCGAAAAGUUUUUCGUAUAAAAUAUAUUUAAGCAAAGUGAUAUUUAAUUAUUCGGUGAAUCAAUUAUCAUGUGUUAGACAGAGACGCGUAAAGAGGUUUUUAAGGGUACAGGUCCCGAUGCUUUGAGAAGUGUGACGCAUCAUCACGAUGCAGACAUGUUGGUUCCUCGCACUCCUCUUGUGCUAUUUCGUGAAAGACAUAUGCGGCAGUUGGGAAGAAUGGUGGACAUACGACGGAAUAUCAGGUCCGGGUUUCUGGGGUCUAAUCAAUCCGCAAUGGAACAUGUGUAACAAGGGCCGGCGGCAGAGUCCCGUCAACAUAGAACCCGAUAAAUUACUCUUUGACCCCUGGCUGAGAGACAUACAGUUUGAUAAACAUAAGGUCAGCGGUGUCCUUCAAAACACUGGCCAAUCACUGGUCUUCCGAGUCGAAAAGGACAGCAAACACCAGGUCAACAUUAGCGGUGGGCCACUGUCUUACAGAUACCAGUUCGAGGAGAUAUAUUUCCAUUAUGGUUUGGAAGACAACCGGGGCUCUGAACACCAAAUUGAUCAUCAUACCUUUCCUGGAGAGAUACAGUUAUACGGCUUCAACAAGGAAUUAUAUCAUAACAUGUCAGAAGCGCAACACAAGUCCCAGGGGGUGGUAGGAAUAUCACUAAUGGUUCAAAUAGGAGAACCUACUAAUAAGGAACUGCGUCUAAUAACCAGCGCCUUCAACAAAGUUACUUACAGAGGCAGUUCCUUCGCCAUAAAACACCUACCGCUUAGUUCGUUGCUACCCAAUACGCAGCAAUAUCUCACGUAUGAAGGUUCCACCACUCACCCAGGAUGCUGGGAGACCGCUGUUUGGAUCAUCUUCAACAAACCGAUCUAUAUAUCAAAGCAAGAGAUGUACGCAAUUCGUCGUCUGAUGCAAGGGUCUCAACUGACCCCAAAGGCCCCAUUGGGAAAUAAUGCUCGCCCGGUUCAGCCUCUGCACCAUCGCACUGUCAGGACAAAUAUCAACUUCAACAAGCAAGGGAUGCCGGUAUCGAGUAACUGUCCUGAUAUGUAUAGAAAUAUGCAUUACACAGCUACUCAGUGGCCAAGAGAGCACAGCAUGAGAUACAGGAGCACUGAGGACCUGGCGAUGCUGUCAUUAAAUUAGCAUAAGAUAAAAUAAUGAUAAUAAUUGUUGACUUAAUGAUGUUAAUGAUUUUAACGUCCCCUAUAUUAUAAUGAAAAUUUUCUUGAUGUCUUAAAUUGUAAAUGGAACAGAACAAAUGUUAAAUAUAGCUUAUAUUGUAGGCUUUAUAGUAAAUAUAACAUAUAAAAAUAAAUACGAUAUAGAGUCUAUUCAAACGUGUUUUAAAGCUGAUCGUAAAUAGACAAGCUUUCUAUUAGAUGGUAAUAGUCAUUGUAUAAACAAUAUGUAUCGAUUGUAUAAAGUAAUUCAGUACUAUAAUCAUAUGAUAUGAUAAUAAUAGUCGUCUAAAAGAAUCUUCGCUAAAAAAAAAAAUAAUAUUUAUGAAAUGUAAAUAAGUGUAUAUUAUAGUGUAUUAACGUGAUUCGUCCACUUCGGAAUGUAUUUUUAGCUAAAUAAAAUUAUACGACAGCUUAUACAAAUGAAAGAAUUGUAUUUAACCACAACAUUCAUAUUAACAACAAAUUAUACUUAUAUAUACUGUCAAAUUAUUAAUUAUACAUGUAUCCAGGCUUCAUAGACAAAACUCCGGUAAUAUAUUAAGCGUUGCUUCGACGUUGAUGCAUAUGUAUAGAUAUUGUAGUUUUAGAUGCUAAAUAAUAUAUAUAAAAUGUUUAUGAUAAUUAUCUAUCGUUUAUUUCAACCUUUUUGAAUUGAAUUAAAAAAAUAAUCAAAUAUAAUCCCGUCACGGAAUAAAAAGUUGCAAGUCAAGUUAAUGAUUCAUAUAUUGAAAAUAAAACGUCCGUAAUCAUUAUAAAUUUUCUUGAUCGUUCUUAAAAAGUGAAUAUCAGAGUCAAUAGUCUCAUUAUCAAUGAAUACAGCGAAAUCCUCUCGAUGGAACGUUUAGUGUGUUAAAUAAGACAUAAAGUAAAUUGAGUUUAGCAUUAACGGACCGUUUUAUUGUUUUAUUUUAUUUAUGAACGAAUGAAAUGUUAUUGCAGUGAUAAUUUCAUCUGGAGUCAUCAGUUUUGAUGGGAAAUAUGAUUGUUAUACUGAUAUAAAUAUAUACAUUUGAUUCUCUUCAAUGAAAUUUCUAAUAUAGUAUUGAAUUAAUUUAAAUAAAGAAAAUACCACAA